AUGGAUGCUGUCUGGUCAAUCGAUACUGGAUACAUCAGACCCCAGGCGCGGAAGCUACACGACCCGGACGUCACUUUCGAGGAGUAUCACUACUAUGCGCUUCAGACACGGGAGCUGGAGAGAAACGAACCCAGACCCAAGACCAACUGGCGAGAGAUCAUCCUGCGCGCGAAGCCCAAGACAGAGGGGCAGGAGGCAGAGACCGGCGACAUAACGUCCAGCAAUCUGAAUUUUGCCAAUCGCGCCAACCGCCUGGAGAUCACCGAUGAGGAGUGGUCAAAUGCCUCGCGAGCGUUUCGUACAGCGUCCGCCGGCGCCUGUUUCUAUCUCAUCACAACUGACAUCCUGGGGCCGUAUGGUGUUGGUUUCGCCAUGGGCGCUCUUGGCUGGAUGCCGGGCAUCAUUCUGUACAGCGUCUUUGGCUUCAUGGCUGGCUACGGUGGCUACCUGCUCUGGCACAUCUUCCUGGGCCUCGACUCCUAUCAAUUCCCGUUAAGAAACUUUGGUGAUCUUGGUUUCCGCCUUUACGGCGGGUGGGCACGACACAUCCUCAACGUCCUUCAAGCAUUGGCCUUGCUUCUUAUCCUCGGGCAGGUAACCAUACAAAACGGCCAGGCGUUGUCUCAAGUGUCCAAGUUCCGCAUCUGCUAUGCGGUCUGUCCCAUCAUCUUUGUUGCCGCUGGCUUUGCCCUGGGUCAGGUUCGCACGCUCCGCCGAUUUGGACUCAUUGCUAAUCUGGCAAUCUGGCUGAACCUCCUGGUCAUCUUCAUCACCAUGGGCAUCAUGGCUCACAGCCCGCCUAACUUUGCCAUCUCUGUUCUGGGCUCAGCAGGGGCUCUCGUCGACCCAGACUCCAUCACACCCGAUGCAAACGGCAUUUAUCCUCCUGUCAAACACUACAACUACCUGCCAGAUCCCAGCAGCCUGACUGGGUCUCUAAACGGCCUCAUGUCCGGUGUUCUUGCGUACGGUGGUGCUCAGCUGUUCAUCGAAUUCAUGGCUGAGAUGCGUCGACCCUAUGACUUUUUGAAGGCCAUGUGGGGAGCUCAAUUCUUCAUUUACAGUGUCUAUAUGAUAUACGGUUGCUAUGUCUACUACUUCCAGGGACAGUAUGCAUAUCAGAUCUCCUAUCAAGGCGUAUCUGCGUACGGCUUUCAGACUGCCGGCAAUAUGCUUGCAUUCAUCAGCGGCCUUAUUGCCGCCGCGCUGUAUGGAAACAUCGGCAUAAAGGUCUUUUAUAAUAAUGUCUUGAUGGACUUGUUCUCGGCUCCUCCUCUCACGACCAAAUCCGGCAAGAUCCUUUGGGCCAUCAUUGUUCCUAUCUGGUGGUCCAUCGCGUACAUCAUUGCGGCAGCCAUCCCGGACUACUUUGGCUUCGUAUCCGUGAUCUCGUCGGCUACACUGUUGGAGUUCACGUACUGCUUUCCGCCCAUGCUAGCUUUGGCUUACGAUAUCCAAUUGAAUGCCAUCGUCGAAGGCGAGGGCUUUGAUCCUGUGACAGGAGCAGUCAUCCGCAAGGACAAGGGCCUGAAACGCUGGGUACGAGGAUUUUUUCGUGGGAGGUGGUGGCUCAACAUUCUGCAUCUUCUCUAUGCGUGUGGGGCUUGGGCCACAGCUGGUCUUGGUCUCUACGCUGCGAUUGAAGGCAUGAUCGAGGCGUUUGAAAAUCCUCAGCUAAACUCUUUCACAUGCACCUCACCGUUGAAUCUUAAUGCCUAAUGUGCAGUAGCUAGAUAUGAUUAAGUGUCUGGUUUCUGUCUGCAAUUACAAUGUUGUAAUUGCUAGAUGACAUCUCUGUGUCACCUUGAUAUAGUCCGCUAUAGCCUAAAAUAAAUACAUGGCUUGCGCACUAGGCCUCAAAGG